UUGUCAAAACGAAAAUAAAUAAUAAGUGAUAAUUUUUGUUGAAAAAAUGCGCUUAAGAUGUGUGUUUUAAUUCAAGUAUAUUGCAAUUUAUCGUGUGAAUUUAAAUUUUAUCUCAUAAAUCGUCGCUUAGUUUUUGAUUGAUUUAAUAGAAUGCCAUUUUUAAAAUGCAUCCGAAUUUCUACUAAUAAGGAACAAUCGGAAAAAAGCAAAAAAGAAGGAUUGCGAUGUUCCAUAUUUCUUCCACAAAGGAAAGGAAUUUUGAAAGCACAUUAUAAAGGUGAAUGGAAAGAUAAUAAGAAACACGGCAAGGGUACAGACAUAGACAGAAAUGGUAGGAUGUACGAGGGUAAUUGGUUUUGCGGACAAAAACACGGUUAUGGCGUAUUGAGUAAAAUAUAUAAAAAUAGUAGUAUUCGUAAAAUAUACGCGGGUUAUUGGAUGAUAGGAAAAAAAGAAGGUUUUGGUAAUUUUUGGUAUGAAAAUGGGGAUUAUUACGAAGGAGAUUUUCAUUGUGAUAAACGUCACGGUUAUGGUCGCAUUUGGUACCAAAAUGGCGAUUAUUACCAAGGAUUUUGGAGAAACGAUUUGUCGUAUGGAAAGGGAAUGUUUAUUAAAGGAGAUGGAAAUCGGUACGAGGGUUCUUUCAUCGAUGGAAAAAGAAACGGUUUAGGUACAUUUUAUCAUUUAGAUAGUGGACAAUGUCAAUAUGGUUAUUGGUGCAACGAUUUUUGUAUUAAUAGCAUAAUGCAAGAUAUUAAUUGGCGGCAAUCGGCAUUGCAUCCAACAGCAUAUCCCAUACCGGAAACUAAUAUUUCGACCAUUUGUUAUUAAUUCUUCUUAUUUUCCUUUAUUACUGUAAAUCCCAAUCAUCAUUUUGCGAUAUGAUUUAUCAUUUUUAUUAAGAAAGACAUCUUGGGCUUAAUUUGGAAUUUUCAUUACACAUUUGGGGUGACGAUGUUUACCCCCAAUUCGCAAACUUUGUUCUUUGAUUGCUCUUCGUGUAAUCAUGAAAUGUAAUAAUACUUCCUUUCGCGUUAGGUCAUUAACUAGUUUGAAGUUGUAUCAAAGCAUUCAUCACGAGUAACAACUCGCAUGAUUUUCCGUGGUUGUGCUUCAUUAAAAUGAAGAAUAAACAUUUCUAAACAC